UUGAGCUCGCGUUGGAACAGAGAAGUUACAAUUUAUCAAGACGAACACAAAAUGUUUCAGAUAUUUUGUGCAAUUUCUCAACAUGGAGGCUCGAAUCGCAUGCAAUCCUAUUACAUCACUAAAUGUAAUGAAGCCAACUGACCAAGAAAGAACAAAGCCAACAGAACGAGAACAGUCCAAGUUUCAAAGAAAUCAAAACUUAAGUGCUAAGACUUUCACAACUAGCGCAAGUGAGAGAACAAACAUCACAUGCCUUUUCUGUAAGAAGCGGGGACAUACUGUCCACAAGUGCCGCCAAAUUAUGGAAAAAACAGUUGAAGAAAGACAAGACAAAGAAAGUUUGUACAACAGGAGAAGUUAUGUUUUGGUUGUCUCAAGAAUGGUCAUAACUCCAAAGCCUGUACAUCCAGGAGUGUGUGUGACUUAUGUGGAAAACGUCACCCCACAUGCCUUCAUCAAGACCGUGAGAAGAGAGCUCAAGAACAAGGACGAAGUAAAAGACAAGCAACAAAUGAAACCACUACAGACGAAAACAAAGGAGAGAAAAACCAGCAGUCUGAAUCCAUAGAAAUGCAGCAAGUUACAUCCAACAGAGUUGUUCAAGAGGAAAAGGGAACUCAUACUUCAUCUAUUGUUCCAGUCUAUGUUUCCACGUCAACUGAACCAGGCAAGGAAGUUCUAGUGUAUGCUUUAAUGGACAGUCAAAGUGACACAACUUUCAUUUUGCAAAAUGUAGCUGAAAUGUUGUGCAUCAAGAAAGAGCCAGUAAAACUUAAAAGUAUCCACAAUAACAUCAAAAACAAAGGUGGUGAAGAGCGAAAGGGUGCAAGGACUACAAGUAAGAGGCAUCGGCUCGGACACAAAAAUAAAACUCCCAACAACCUACACCAGCAGUUACAUACCAGCUAAUAGAUCUCAUAUACCUACAUGUACAACUGCAAAGCUAGUUCCAGCUAUCAAGCCAUCUUUGGCGAUCAAGUCUGAGGUUCAGUUUGUCUGUAGAACUCAGGUUAAAGAAAUUAUCACUCCAGCGGAAAUACUUAAAGUAUUUGAGUCAGACUUUACUGAAAGGUUCAGUGAAAUGUUCUAAUAUCACAAGAAGAUAUUAAGUUUUUGACGACAAUGAGAGAAGGCAUCAAGCAUAAGCCAAAUGGACAUUACGAAAUGCCAUUACCUUUCAAGGAAGAGAGGCCCAAGCUGCCAAACAACAAAGUAUGUGCAGAACAUCGACUCAGGUGUCUGGAAAAACGUUUUAGGAAAGAUGACGUAUACCACAAGCAUUAUGUGGCCUUUAUGGAGGACAUAAUAGCAAAAGGCGACGCCGAAAAGGUUUCAGAGCCAGAAGGAAAUGACCACACCACAUGGUAUAUCCCUCACCAUGGGGUUUACCACCCACACAAGCCAGGGAAGAUUCGCGUUGUAUUUGAUUGCUCAGCUAAGUUUCAGAAUACAUUGCUGAAUGAGCAUCUACUUACUGGACCAGAUCUUACCAAUACCCUUGUAGGGGUCUUGUCUCGCUUCCGCAAAGGACAAGUAGCCCUCAUGUGUGAUGUGGAGCGGAUGUUCCAUCAAUUUCAUGUUGCACCAAGAGACCAAGACUACCUCCGAUUCCUGUGGUGGGAACAGGGAAAUAUAAAAGCUCCAGUGUCAGUGUUCCGCAUGAAAGUUCACUUGUUUGGAGCUGCAUUAUCACCCGGAUGCGCAAACUUUGGGCUCAAGCACCUGGCUGCAGAAGGAGCAGGAAACUUUAGUGAAGCCACAGUGCGGUUUAUAAAACACGACUUUUAUGUCGAUGAUGGAUUGACAAGUUUGGACAGUGAAGCAGAAGCCAUCCAGCUUGUCAAAGAGGCAAGAGAACUGUGCAGUGUUGGUAAGCUCCACUUGCACAAAUUCCUCACCAACAAUCGGAAUUUGCUUGACACAAUCCCAAAGCAAGAACAGGCAGAAGGUGCAGCUGAUCUGGACCUGGCCCUGGGAGAACAAAGAAUGGAACGGGUUCUUGGGGUCCAGUGGUGCAUUUGCUCCGAUAUGUUCCAGUUUAGAGUGAGGAUAAAGGAUCAUGCCUUUACUAGAAGAGGAGUAUUGUCGACAGUUGCCUCAAUUUUUGAUCCUCUUGGAUUUGUGGCACCGGUCAUCUUGAAAGGUAAGCAGAUUUUACAACGGAUGUGUCAAGACAAGGUAGGAUGGGAUGAGCCACAUCCUGAUCACCUCAGACCGCACUGGGAAGCAUGGCUCCAAGACCUCCUUAAUCUGUCUGAGGUUGAGAUUUCACGACACUAUAUACCACUAACAACCAAGGAAGUUCAGUGCUAUGAACUACUUCCUUAAGUUAAGGACCGUUACGGCCGUUAGGUGGCGCUCGUGCAUUUUGAGAGAGGUAUAAGAAGGACAACUGCUCAAGAGAUGUAAAUGCCACUAUAAAAUGUCUAGACACUGUUAAGAGCAGAGUUUUGUAGAGUCGUGACUCCGCCAUUGAUUGAGAAGCAGGCUAAAGUGGUGAGUGCUAUUUAUAUUUGGUAUUAACUUUGGUGCGACAGUGCCGCUGAUGUUUAACUGCCAUAUGAAUUUCAUGUAUGAAUUUUCAUGUUAUUUUCUGUACAUUAGUUCUACGAUGUUCCAUGACGAAGGGAAAUAACCAAUUUAAAUACCAUUACCAAUAGCUUCCAGGUCAUGUGACCUUUGACCUCCAAACCACUUUGUAUCAGUAGGACUUGUCUGCUAGUAUCAUACACGCCUUAUUGCUUUGCUACUCAACUUUGCUGGGAUUUUAUAUAAUUUUUUGAAAUAAAAUAUUAUGAAUAGCUUCCAGGUCAUGUGACCUUUGACCUCCAAACUACUUUGUAUCAGUGGGACUUGUCUGCCAGUACUAUACGCGCCUUUUUGCUUUGCUACUCAACUUUGCUAGGAUUAUAUAUGAAUUUUUUACACAAAUCAUUACCAAUAGCUUCCAGGUCAUGUGACCUUUGACCUCCAAACCAUCUUGUAUCAGUAGGAAUUGUCUGCUAGUACCAUACAUGCCUUUUUACUUUUCUACUUAGCUUUGCUAGGAUUUUAUAUGAAUUUUUUACACAAAUCAUUACCAAUAGCUUCCAGGUCAUGUGACCUUUGACCUCCAAACCACUUUGUAUCAGUAGGACUUGUCUGCUAGUAUCAUACACGCCUUAUUGCUUUGCUACUCAACUUUGCUGGGAUUUUAUAUAAUUUUUUGAAAUAAAAUAUUAUGAAUAGCUUUCAGGUCAUGUGACCUUUGACCUCCAAACUACUUUGUAUCAGUGGGACUUGUCUGCCAGUACUAUACACGCCUUUUGCUUUGCUACUCAACUUUGAUAGAAUUAAAUAUGAAUUUUUUACAAAUCAUUACCAGUAGCUUCCAGGUCAUGUGACCUUUGACCUCCAAACUGCCUUGUAUCAAUAGGAAUUGUCUGCUACUACCAUACUCAUCUUUUUGCUUUUCUACUUGACUUUCAUAAGAUUGCAUGUGAUAUUUUUUAUAUGAACUAUUAUAAAUAGCGCCAGGUCAUAUGACCCUUGACCUCCAAAUCACUUUGAAUCUUUCAUACUCCCAUGCUGGUACCAUACACUCCCUUUUUAUGGUCCUCCUGAAAUCUGCAACUAUCUUUUUAGUUUUCUUCAAGUUGAUACUGAGGCAGGCGUGUAAUUGGAGGAUCAUAACCCAUGCAAUGUCCAAGUCAAUCCAUUUUGUUUAUGUAGCAGAAUUAAACAAACACAAGGUUUCCAAAGUGCUGCACAAGCACAAUAAGGACAAUGAAAAUGUCAGUCUGGUAAAUUAGAGUAAUAUAAGAUCAAAUAAAAUCUAAAAAAAAUAAAGCAUAAAAAUAUAAAAUCCAUAAAAUAAAAUAAGAUAAUACAGUACGAUCAAAGUCAUAAAAAAUAACCCCCACCCCCAAAACAGUCAAAAGUCAGCCUCCGACUAAGUGUUAAAACCCAUGGAGAAGAGGUGGGUCUUAAGAUUGAAAAACAGACGGAGAGGAGGCCUGUUUGAUACACUGUGGCAGAUUAGUCCAAAGUUUUAGGGUUGUAACAGCAAAGGCACGAUCCCCCCCUGAGCUUCCGCUUUGUUUUAGGCUUCCUCAGGAGCAACUGAUCAGCUGACCUGACCAGACUGUAGAGUGCAAAAGUAAAAAAGCUCAGAGCGGUACGGCAGUUAGGUGAUGAUUUGUGACUGGAGUUGGUAAGCUAGUUGUUAGAUUGCCAGUGGCCUGUGCGGUGAAGCAGAGGGAUCAGGGAUGUACUGUGUAGGACCAAAGUUAGUGUUUCUUACUUUGCUCCAAUACAGUCUGGGCUAGCAGCGUUAAUAGCUCAACUACCUUUCUCACCUGAGUGAUGGCAUUUCUACACUGUAUAUGCAGCAGAGUCUGGUGCGGGCAGCGUGGUAACCAUGGUGAUGACAGAUGCUCCUUCACAUGACAUACCAGUCCUGCUGCAGGAGGGCGACUGACAAAGAGAAGUGUUGAGUGAGUUCAUUUGGUUAAUCUUGACAACCUUUGUGAAACCUGAAUGUAUUUCCUCCAUUCAUUUUAAUAAGGCUGUUACCAUUUCAACAUUAAGCUUUUUUAUGCAUCAAUCCUCCAGGUGUUUCUCCUUUUAUGAGAGUCGUCACAUUGAGCGGUUUCCGUUCUCAGACCCUGCUCCAGCCACAAACUAAUAGACUGUCGCUGGCCUGUAGGAUGCUCACAUACCUCCUGGGUGCUGGUGGCUGUAACCGAAGCCAAGAAGCAGCAGCAGAGUUCUGCAAACAACAACAACAAGACUUGUGAUAACACUUUAAAGGGGGGCAGCACUUUGGGGGGAAUUUGGCCCAUUCACAAUCCUGAUGUGAACCAUGAACACAUUUCUUUCCUUUUUCUAUGUAUUACUCCAUGAGAUAAGUUGAUAUAAAAAAAGGAUGUCAUGUUUGAACUAGUGAGCUGUUUUAAAACCCAAAAUGGAGAUGUAAAAUGUGGGCCAAAAUGCUUACUAAAGAGAAGGUGCCCUUACAGGGGAAGGGCAAACAAACACCAAAAGGGUAAGCAAAAAGUACAGCUGAGAACACUGUCCAAUGCUAAAUACAAAAAAACUAAAACACUUCAGCAAAAGGGCUCACAGGCAAAAAGCAGGACACAAGGCACAAGAACAAAAAACAGAGCUGACAGAAAGUCUGCGGGUAAAAACUGGGUAAGGGUAACGUAAAAUACCACGGCAUAAAACAGUUGGCGAGUACUCACGACACUAAGAUUAAAAGCCCGAAAACAAGGGGCCUGCGAGUCCACACACGAGGCCAAGUGGACAGGAGGUGUGCAACAGGUUGUCAUAAAAGAAGCUUGAGGAACAAUCUGGUGGUGUGCUGGUCUCUGAGUGCAGCUUAAGUAGUCCAGGGGAUAAGUGGCCUCAGGUGUGUGCAGAAAAGACCAGCCUGCUGCCCAUCAGGAUGCACUGUAAGAAAAAGGCAGCAGGUGGCAGCAGAGCGACGACACAGCUCAUGACACGUCAUUGGGAUACACCUAUUUGGCCCGUGAAGCCCUCUUAAGAAACCUCUAACAAAGUUGCAUGGUUUGAUAUCCAUGCUGUGAUCAUACAAUAACACGUACACUAAUGAUGACAUAUAAUAGUUGCUGUAUCUUUCCAUAUUUUGAUGAUUUAAAACACAACCCAAACUUUGUUUCUAAGCGCAUUAGAUAUGAGGCGGCAUACAUACAGCGACAAAACUUCCAAUGUCUACUCUCUGUGGGAUGGCUGUGUCUUCCAGCACAAGACGUGUGCUCCAGUCCUCAGGCAAAUGCUGCUGGAAAACGAGCAUCUUGUUGAGUCUUUGUAGUGGAACUUAGAGCCAAGUAUCCACUCUUUUGUCUGUGAAUUAUGCUGAGACCAGCGAUUAGUGACACGCCGUGUUCGUCCCCAAGAUAAAUAUUGUUUUACAUUUUAACUGCCAUAACAACAAUAUGGCUGUGGCUUGGUUAAUACACUAGGCAGUUCUGUAAAUGGACAUUGUUGGCGUUUUUUGUGGUCAAAAUAGAUAUUUCCCAUGAUGUCUGUUGUGAGCUAACUCAUUUUAACUCAUUUUCUCAUGUUAGAAUGCACAGAAAAGGGAAAGAAAUAUGUGUUCAUGUUUCACAUUGUGAAUGAUGUGAAGGAUCGUGAAUGAUGGGUAAAAUAAAAAAAAAGCAGUUCCCCUUUAAAGGGGACCGUUUAUACUAAUUUUGCAACCCUUUAUAUUGAGUUGUGGUCUCAAUAAUCCAAUAACCCGCACAGAAAACUUUUUAGAUUUAGCAGAAUCUGCACCUAUUCCAUCUGUAUUACCUGUCAUUUGUGCUUCCUGCCCAAAUGGGGUGUUGUCAUUUAUUCCACCUACGGCCUGCCUCCAGGCAUGCCCACUACGCUGCGAUUGGUCACACGGCCAAAGUGCGGCUGAACUAUGAACCAUAUAAGGAAGUUCGCCCCUCUGUGACAUCACUAAGGGGCAGUUUUACCAUGACUUUUACAACUGAGCAUUUUGAGCCAUCCUAAACUUCUUUCAGGAUUCACUUCGAAGUACACAAAGCUCAUUAUCUGAAACUUUGGGAUCAUUUAAGACGAGAAUAUAACAUUCUAAAUAGGUCAGAAAAGUGGAAAAAGCAU